AUGAGGUCGUUGGGUUCCAUAAUUUGUGUCGCCGUGGCUAUCGCGGUGGCCUACACGACCAUCCCCACGCUGGCUCAAAACUCCCCCGGCGACUUCGUGGCCGGCCACAACUCCCCACGUGCGGCCGUCGGCGUGGGGCCGGUGACGUGGAACAACACGGUGGCGGCCUACGCGCAGACCUACGCGAACCAGCGAAUCGGGGACUGCAAGCUGGUGCACUCGAACGGGCCCUACGGGGAGAACCUCUUCUGGGGGUCCGGCGACGGCUUCACGGCGGCUUUCGCGGUGCGCGCGUGGGCGGACGAGAAGCAGUACUACAACUACGCGAGCAACAGCUGCGCCGCCGGGAAGGAGUGCGGGCACUACACGCAGGUGGUGUGGCGGUCGUCGACACAGAUCGGUUGCGCGCGCGCACGGUGCAAAAGCGGCGGCGUCUUCAUCAUCUGUAGUUACUACCCGCCGGGCAACUAUGUCGGAGAGCGGCCGUACUGA